UAGCACAGGGAUCUCGGAGGAUUGUUAACUCCCGUAUCCGUCCCGAAGUUUCAAUUCUUUUAUGUAACUUUGGUCGUGGUCCAAUCGUGAUGGUUUAGCUGUAAGCACUCACAGUGAUGGUUGAUAUGUUGAGUCCGGGUGAUAUAGACGUUGCACUGGACCUUGGUAACUUGGAUCUCACCAGUCGGGAUGAAAUGAUCGACGAACUGACCAACAGAGAUGGCAUUAUUCUUGACAUAGUUAACGGUCAUAUCAGAGAGAAUCUAGAGGAUGAGCUGGUGCAGGAAGCUCUGAAAACGGGCGUGGAUCUCAGGCACUAUUCUCAGGAAAUAGAGAAAGAGUUAGCUGCUGUAGAGGCAGCCUCCAUCACUGAUUACAUCGGUGAAAGUAAGAAAAUAGCUCAGCUUCACCAGGAAAUGAAACAGUGCGACUCUAUUCUCGAAACGAUGGAACAGAUGUUGGGAACGUUUCAGCAGGAUCUGGGCAGUAUAUCAACGGAGAUCCAGACUCUACAGGAAAAAAGCUUGGAAAUGUCUGUGAAACUGGGAAACCGAAAGGAACUUAAAACUAAGCUAUCCACAUUUCUAGACAGUAUCGUUGUGAGUCCAAAACUAGUUGAAACCCUAGUGAACACUUCAGUGGUCGAACAACCCUUCAUGGAUGCACUUCAUGAACUGGACAAGAAACUUCAGUUUGCUGAGGCUGAACAACAUACUCUGGCUUCAAAUGAUGUGUCUGACGUUUUAGACAAACUAAAAACGAAGGCUGUCAUCAAGAUUAGAUUUUAUAUCUUGGAAAAGGUUCAGGAAUAUAAGAAGCCGAUGUCAAACUAUCAAGUGUUGCAAGAAACUCUGCUAAAAUUCAAAUAUUACUACGAAUUCCUUGUAAUCCACUCUCCCACAACUGCUGCUGAAAUAAAAAUAGAGUACGUGGACACGGUCAGCAAAGUGUAUUUCUCCUACUUCAAAACUUACCAGUCUCGGCUUAUAAAGCUAGAGUAUGAGGAGGUUCCAACCAAAGUUGAUGUCAUGGGAGCCGAGGACGAAUCUAAAAGAAGUAUCCAACUUUCCAUGUUUUCCACCAGCAAGUCCAUCAGGUCGCGGAGCACUGUCUUUACUCUGGGUAACCGGGACGAUCUCAUCAAUAAUCAGCUUGAGUGGCCUGUAAUCAUCCCCGUACACUCUGCCGACAAGAAAUUCCCGUACGAAGCAAUCUUCAGGAGCGUCCAGUUCUCGCUGAUAGAUAAUGUAUGUGCAGAGUACGGGUUCUUGGUCCACUUCUUCAAGGUCCGAGGUGAGAAAGCUCAGAUUUUGUUCACUAACGUUAUGGAGAGGACGUUGUCCCUUCUCAUUAAAUCAGUAGAAUCGUACAUGGAGAAAUGUUACGAUUGUAUUGGCAUAAUGUUUUGUGCUCACAUUACCAUGCACUACCACGAACUUAUGAAGAAACGUGGUUUUGGUGCUCUGGUUGGUUUCCACAACCAGCUCCUUCAGAUCCUCUGGCCAAGGUUUACCUUCGUGUUGUCUCAAAACAUUCACAGUAUCCGAGAAACAGACCCUGGUAAACUCAGUGAACUAGACACCAGACCUCACUUUAUCACCAGGAGGUUUGGAGAGUUUUACAGCGCUAUUCACACCCUCAAUGACAAGUUCCCAAACGAUCAAACAGUUCGUUCCAUGUCCCUUCUCCAAGUGGAGGUAGAAAAUGUGAUCCUCAGGAUGGCAGCAGAGUUUCACGGUAGACAGGACCAACUGGUCUUUCUCAUCAACAACUACGACCUCAUGUUAUCCGUGAUGCAGUGCCGGACCACUGAUACAAGUAAAGAAGUACUGAGCAUCCAGGAGCUUCUAAACAAGCGUAUCAAUGAGUACGUAGAUGAGGUUUUACUCCCACAUUUCGGGGGCAUGAUCAGUUUCGUGAAGGACAACGAGAAAAAACUAGAAACCGCUGGACCCAACGGUGCUGGGAUUAAAGUUAACGAGGGUUAUAUUAAUCAAAUAGUCAGAGGAUUCAAUCAGGACCAUAAGAAAUCAAUAGACACUAUCAAUAGUGACGUGAUGAGGCGUUUCACGAACUUUAACAACGGCACUGUUAUCUUGCAGUCCGCCCUCACUAAAAUGAUCCAGUAUUACAGCAGAUUCCACAAGAUAUUAUCUCAGCCUCCCUUCAAAACAUUACCUUGUAGGAUGGAUAUGAUAAAUGUUCAUCAUGUCAUGGUCGAAGUUAAGAAGUAUAAGAACCAGUUUUAAAUUAACGGUAUAAAUACUUAAUUGUUUUAGGGUAUAGAAGAGCAAAUCAUAAGAAUCUUAUUUCAUGAACUUUCAAUGUUUUAAUGGAUUGCAUGGAUAGUGCAUAGAAUCUAUUUGUUUUCUGAAUGUGGUUUUAAUCGAACAUAUUCAAUAUUCAUGAUAUUACUUAAUAUUGAAGUGAUCUGAAUGGAAUGGUUUUAAAUGCGUUUCUAAUUUAGAUACUUAGAGUAUCUAGGCCUUAUUUUCAGCCAAUAACUCGAGAUGAUGAUAAUUGUUGUUUUGGCAGAUAUGUUGCAAAACAAUCUGAGAUCCGAAUCAUCUGUGAAUGUUUUUAGCCAUAGGAACUGUAUAGUUGAUAUAUUUGCAUAAUUAUGUUCUGAAUAAUUGUGAUUUUUGCUGAUGAUAUAAAUGUAAUUGAAUUCAAACAUGUUGAAAGUUUUCGUAUAUAAUAUUACCCAAAUGUUUUGGAAUGAGUGUAAAUAACACUAGUUUCAUUUUAA